AUGGUUAGUGCUUCUCGUAAGGAUUGGUCCAUGAAAUUAGAUGAAGCUUUAUGGUCAUACAGAACUGCAUUCAAAACGGCCAUAGGGACUUCAACAUUCAAAUUAGUGUAUGGGAAAUCGUGUGAACACAGGUUGUUGCAGAUGAAUGAAUUGGAGGAGUUUAGACUGGAUGUGAAUGAAAAUGCACGAAUUAUUAAGGAGAAGACAAAGAGGUGGCUUGAUCGCCUGAUUAAGCCAAAGGAGUUUCAUGAAGUGAACAAAGUCUUACUAUACAAUAGUAGAGUUAGGUUGUUCCCCGAAAAGUUUAAGUGA